CUGUCACCGCAUCAAGCUGUUCUUACACAUGAAGCUUUCGUGGGUUUGGGUGAAUUAGUAACAGGGAAUUUGGAAGCAUUCUUCUCAAACAAACCGUUGCUUUCUCCGGCUGUGAUUGAUUGAAUGGAGUUCUGUUUGCAGAUUCCAACCAGGCAGGAAGCUAAAAUGGCCAGAUUGCAAUUCCGUGAUGCCAAUGAGGAUGAUGUACCAUCCGAGGAACUCCCACAUCUCCUACUCAUUCAUCCACCAUCAUCCUUCACACGUCUCCCAUCUGAAAUCUGCGAAAAGUUCCGUGUCCUGAAAGCAUGGGAGUCGCCACUCCCUCUAGACCAGUUCCUGAUCACCCAUGCACGCUCAAUCCAAGCCCUACUCAUUCGCGGUUUUCUUAUGAUUAACACAGACAUCCUUCAGCAGCUACCGGCACUGAAACUCAUCAUAACAAUCAGCGUUGGUUUGAAUCACAUUGACAUGGCAGAGUGCCGGCGGCGUGGGAUUUCUGUGACCAAUGCGGGAAGUGUAUACUCGGAAGAUGUUGCUGAUAUUGCUGUUGGGUUGUACAUUGAUGUGCUUAGAAAACUUUCAGCAGCAGACCGGUAUGUAAGACAAGGGCUUUGGAGUAGCAAAGGAGAUUACCCUCUUGGUUCCAAGUUAGGUGGGAAGCGAGUUGGGAUUGUUGGAUUAGGAAGCAUUGGCUCAGAAGUUGCUAAACGACUUGAGGCCUUUGGCUGCAUCAUCUCAUACAAUUCAAGGAGGGAAAAGCCAACUUCGUCAUACCCCUUCUAUUCUAUCAUAUCUGAACUUGCAGCCAAUAGUGAUGCCCUCAUCAUCUGUUGUGCGUUAACAGAACAAACCCACCAUAUGAUUAACAAGGAAGUCUUGGCUUCACUGGGAAGAGAGGGUGUGAUUGUUAAUGUAGGCCGCGGGGCAAUAAUUGAUGAGAAAGAACUGGUGAAGUGUUUGGUGAGUGGGGAAAUAAGAGGUGCUGGUUUUGAUGUGUUUGAGAAUGAGCCUCAAGUUCCUGAAGAGCUCUUUACAUUGGACAAUGUUGUUCUAUCCCCACAUACGGCUAUUUUUACUCCGGAAUCUUUGCUGAGUGUGAAAGAAGUACUAAUCGCCAAUGUGGAAGCUUUCUUCUUGAAUAAACCUCUGGUUACUCCUGUCAUGGAUGAAUAAAUUUGAUCCUAUUAGCUGGAUUAUUUAGUCCAUCUUUUGUUUCUUAAAGCUUUUUGUCACUGAACUCUGUUCUGUACGGACUCAAUGAAUCCGAUUUCAAAUGAAGUCUAGUGUAUAAUGUUC